AUGCUCGCUGCCAACGCCCGCCCCGCCGCCCUCGCAAGGAGAGCACCCGCCACCGCCCUCCGUCUCACCAGACAUCCAUUCUACCCCACCGCCCUCGCGUCCUCCAUCAACAACCGCCCCUUCAGCCAACUCCCCAUCCCUCUGCAGCCAUUCUCAAAUCGUGCGACACUCCAGCCCCCGUCUCUGACUGUCGCCCUCGCGCGAUAUGCCUCGACCAAGGCCUCUAACUCGACAUCACCGGACAAGGUAGCCGAGUCUGCGGUUUCAGCGACCCCCCUACCACCGGCCAAGAAAGGAAGUCUACCCUCCAAGGUCACAGACAUUGCUGCGGCCGAGGGAGAAAAGGCUGUAGAGAAGAAGGAAGAGAAAAAGAAGCCCACUGGGCCUCUUCCUGCCAGAGUAUGGGCGGUCGUGAAAAAGGAAGCGGCCCACUACUGGGCUGGUACAAAACUGCUAGGACAGGAAAUUCGAAUCAGUGGAAAACUGCAGUGGAAGGUCCUUAAUGGGGGUACCCUUACGAGACGAGAGCGAAGACAGCUCAGGCGAACGACCAUCGACCUGCUCCGUCUUUUGCCCUUUUCGGUGUUCGUGCUCGUUCCAUUCAUGGAGCUCUUGUUGCCCGUCGCCCUCAAGCUUUUCCCCAACAUGCUUCCCAGUACUUUUGAGGGAGAGCUUGCUACUAGCGAAAAGCAAAGAAAGCUCUUGAGAGUGAGGAUUGAAAUGGCAAAGUUCUUGCAGGAGACCGUCAGAGAAUCUGGUCUGAAGGCCGACAGUGUGGUACGAAGCGACGAAUUCAAGGAAUUCUUCCGAAAGGUUCGCUCCACUGGUGAGACCCCCAACACGACAGAUGUCGUCCGGGUCGCCAAGCUGUUCCACGACGACAUUACUCUGGACAACUUGUCUCGACCUCAGCUUGUGUCCAUGUGCAGGUACAUGAACAUUAACGCGUUUGGUACCGACAACUUUUUGAAGCACCAGAUUCGAAGCAAGCUGGAGAAGGUUCGAGUGGAUGACAUGAUGAUUCACGCUGAGGGUGUCGACUCGCUUUCUACCAAGGAGCUCCACAAUGCAAGUCAGUCUCGAGGUAUCCGAUUCCAGGGUGUUUCCCCUGCUCGUCUGCGUGAAGAGCUCGAGACGUGGAUCGAGCUGCAUUACAUCAAUGGUAUCUCUGGUGUGCUUCUUGUCCUCUCUCGGGCCUUCAACUUUGAGCAAAAGGGCGACGACAUUAUGCAGAGUCUGGUCACUACCUUGAGCAGCUUGCCCGAGAACUUGCUUAACGAGGCCGAGUUGAACGUCUCUGACGAAGCAACUUACAAGCAGAAGCUUGAAGUCUUGCAGCAGCAGCAAGAGUUGAUCGAGGACGAAGCCGAGCAAGAACAGGAGGAACAAGAUGCUCGACGUGAGGAGAAGGAGAAGAAGGCGGCCGAGGAGGCGGCUAAGCGCGAAGCGGAGGAAGCUGCCAAGGCGGCCGAGAGCGAGGCAACAGAAGUCAAGGAAGAGUCAACGGCCGAGCCCAAGCAGGCGGUCAAGGAGGAGGAGGGCAAGAAGGAAGAGGAAGCUCCCAAGGCUGCCGAGGAGGCCGACGCGAGAAUGACCAAGGAGCAAUUGUCCGAAUUGGCCGAGGCCUUGUCUAUCUUGACUGCCAAGUCCAGUAUUGUCAAGGAGCGAGAUGAGCUCAAGUCUCUGCUUGAAGACAACCUGUUGUCCGAGGCCGAAUCCAAGGAGAGGCAGGAAGGCGACAGCCCUACCGUGGCUGUCUCCAAGCGUGUCCGAUCUAUGGUCAAGAAGAUUGACGCUCAGCUUGAAAAGUACGAUGAAAAGGUCGGAUCAAGUCUCAACUUGAUCCAGACCACUCCUCAUGGCCAAAUCGCUCUCGUGGACUUGAAGAAGGCCUUGAAGGUCAUCAAGCACAGGCCUUCUGACGACAUGAUUGAUGGUUUGGGCAAGAAGCUGGAUGUCGACUCUGAUGGCUUUGUUGAACUUGACCACGUUCUGGAGCUCACACAAGACCACGGUCUGGGCAUCUUGCUCGAGGAUGAGGAGGCUAAAAACCUCAUCAACACUGGUUCUGAUAUUAGACAUAGCAAGGACGUCAAGGAAUUGAAGCCCAAGCUGCAAGAUAUCCUGCAAGAAUAG